CUCAACACAAAAGAUCGUUCCAUACCUCCAUAUCCAUAGAGAAAGGAACAGUCUCUCUUGUGAUCGAAAUUGAUUUAAUGGCUGAAGGGGGUGACAUGGGUGGUGCCCAGUGGGCGCCUUACAUUGCCAUGAUAGCGAUUGAGUUUGCCUUUGCAGUUGUCAACGUCAUGCUCAAGAAAGUGUUGGAAGAAGGCAUGAACCAUCUGGUCCUCAUCGCGUACCGCCAGGCAGUUUCGACUCUCUUCUUGUCCCCGCUCGCCUACUUCUUGGAAAGGAAUAGCAGGCCGAAACUCACAUUCCGCAUUGUAUGUUUACUCUUUUUCAGUGCAAUCGUCGGUUCAUCACUCACGCAAUACUUCUUCCUUAUCGGGAUUCAGUACACAUCGGCAACUUUUGCCUGUGCCUUCAUCAACAUGGUUCCUGUUGUCACAUUCAUAAUGGCCUUACCAUUCCGGAUGGAGCAGGUGAACUUAUAUGAAAGUAGUGGGAAGGCUAAGGUGAUGGGCUCCCUAAUAUGUGUAGUUGGAGUUAUGGUGCUGACAUUCUACAGAGGAAUCACCCUUUUCAGUUCUUUACACGCCCCACCACGUCAUCCUUCCAUGGCAUACCACAGCGAGAAGCUUAGCUCGGCAAAAAGGACGGAGAAGUGGGUCAUUAGCUCAAUGACUUUAGUGUUGGCCUCAGUCCUGUGGUCCUCGUGGUUUUUACUCCAGUCAAAUAUUGGGCAGCGGUACCCCUGCAAGUACUCGAGCACUGCUAUCAUGUCCUUCUUCGGGACUGUUCAGUCUACAGCCCUGGUAGGCAUGUCGUCUGGCAGGAACCUAUCCGCGUGGAUGUUCAAGGAAACAUUCGAGAUAAUCACCGUACUCUUCACGGGGAUCGUUGGCUCAGGACUGUGCUAUGUGGGGAUGACAUGGUGUGUCAAGAAAAGGGGGCCCGUCUUUACCGCAGCAUUCAGCCCUCUGAUUCAGAUUAUCACUGCAAUGAUCGACAUCCCUCUCCUUCACGAGUCGCUUCACGUUGGAAGUGUGAUAGGAUCGCUGCUCGUGAUCAUCGGGCUGUACAUUCUGCUGUGGGGAAAGAACAAGGAGGCCAAGGAUAGCAUCAAGAGAAUAGCUCAGGAAGCAGAGGAAGUUAAGGAAGAAGAGCCAAAGUUGCAGGUCAUCACAGUUUCUUCGGACUCUAGAUGUUCCUAGCUAGUCCACGUCUCAAAUGCUAGCUAGGUUGUUUUAGAAGAGCUCGGAGUAUCAUUGAUCGAUGUACUACAUUCUCCAGCAGGAUGAGGUAGAAAACUCAAAAAAUGGCAUAGGUCCAUCACCUGUCACCGAUCAUGACGACAAGAUGGACUAAUCGAUAUUUCCUUUUACUAUCAUUCACUUCAUCAAACAGCUUAUUUAAGCGAACGAAUGUCGAGAAAUACAGUGUCGUACAAAUAGCUGACAUUGAAGUAGAAUAAGGGAAGGCAUUACACAAAGCUAAGAAAGGCCAGAAGGAUUUUAUUCCU